AUGCCGUCUGCCACCGGUUCGAGCUGGGAGAAGUACCAAAAGAACUACGCCGACGAUGAGGUCGAGGAGAAGAAGAUCACCCCGCUUUCCGAUGAGGAUAUCCAGGUACUCAAGACCUACGGCGCCGCACCGUACGGGGCCGCCCUCAAGAAGCUGGAGCAGCAAAUAAAAGAGAGGCAACAAAGCGUGGAUGAGAAGAUUGGGGUAAAAGAGUCAGACACCGGUCUCGCACCACCACAUCUAUGGGAUGUCCCAGCCGAUCGUCAACGAAUGUCGGAAGAGCAACCGCUUCAGGUAGCGCGGUGCACAAAGAUCAUUCCGGACGAGAAGGACGACUCCAAGAGCAAAUAUGUCAUCAACGUCAAGCAGAUCGCCAAGUUCGUCGUGCAGCUCGGCGAGCGCGUUUCCCCCACCGACAUCGAGGAGGGCAUGCGCGUCGGCGUCGACCGCAACAAGUACCAGAUCAUGCUUCCCCUCCCGCCCAAGAUCGAUGCAAGCGUCACCAUGAUGACCGUGGAGGAGAAGCCCGACGUCACAUACGGCGAUGUCGGAGGCUGCAAAGAGCAGGUCGAGAAGCUGCGCGAGGUCGUCGAGAUGCCUCUCUUGUCGCCCGAGCGCUUCGUCAACCUCGGUAUCGACCCACCCAAGGGCGCACUUCUGUACGGGCCUCCUGGAACCGGAAAGACCCUCUGCGCGCGUGCUGUGGCAAAUCGGACAGACGCGACCUUUAUUCGUGUCAUCGGCUCCGAGCUGGUGCAGAAAUAUGUCGGCGAGGGUGCACGUAUGGUCCGGGAGCUGUUUGAGAUGGCGCGUACGAAGAAGGCCUGUAUCAUUUUCUUCGACGAGAUCGACGCCAUCGGUGGUGCGCGAUUCGACGACGGUGCAGGAGGCGACAACGAGGUGCAGCGGACGAUGCUGGAGCUGAUUACACAGCUGGACGGAUUCGACGCGCGUGGCAACAUCAAGGUCAUGUUCGCGACCAACAGGCCGUCGACCCUAGACCCGGCGCUCAUGAGGCCGGGUCGUAUCGACCGUAAGAUCGAGUUCUCGCUGCCCGACCUCGACGGUCGUGCAAACAUUCUCCGUAUCCACGCCAAGAGCAUGUCCGUCGAGCGCGACAUCCGAUGGGAGCUCAUCUCGCGGCUGUGCCCCAACGCCACGGGCGCUGAGCUGCGCAGUGUGUGUACCGAGGCCGGUAUGUUCGCCAUCCGAGCACGGAGAAAGGUCGCCACGGAGAAGGACUUCCUCAGUGCGGUAGAGAAGGUCAUCAAGGGUAACCUCAAGUUCAACUCUACUGCGUCAUACAUGCAGUACAACUAG